AUGUGGCAUUAUCCGCAACAUCACAUACCCAUUCACUGGCGGGGACCGGCCCUCCACUGUGGCCUCCCCGAGUUCACACUCACGUGCCGAGACAACGCCUUCCCAGAGUUCACCAGCAACUCGGUCACCUACAGAGUCCUCCAACUCGACCAAACUCGGAAUACCAUGAAUCUGUCCCGUUCAGACCUUUACAACAACACCUGCCCUUCUGAAUUUCACAAUUCUACUCUCAAUUCUACACUUUUUGACGAUGAAGGGAUGGAAAACGAAGUUCUCAACUUAAUCUACGGCUGCAAUACAUCGGUCAUGCCCUUGAGACCUUACAAUCUUUUCAGCUGCAAUUCGAGUGGUGAUAAUUUCAACAAUGCUUUUUAUUUAAUCGGGCCGGUGCCAAAUGACCCUAUAUUGAGGAUCAUAUACUGUAAUGUGAGUAUUUCUGUUCCAAUUUUGAGGGCUGCGGGUGAUAGGCUAACUGGAUUGAAUAUCAGCCUUGAGGAGGCCUUAAUGCAGGGUUUCAGUGUGAAUUAUAGCGAUCCAUAUGAGAGUAACUGUUCUGAGUGUAAUAGAUUUGGCGGUCAAUGCGGGUUUGAUUCGGGUUUAGGUCAACCCGUUUGUAUUUGUGGCGAUAGGCCUUGUCCCUUUGCUUUGACACCUCCUCGAAAUGAUUCAGUACCUUCACAAGCUCCAGGGAGUGGGAGUCGUAAAAAUAAAACGGGAAUGAAUGUCGGCCUUUCCAUAGCAGGUGCAGUUCUUGCUGGUGUUGGCUUAGGUUGGUUAAUUUUCCACUAUAGGCAGAAGAAAAAACAACGUCUUGCCGCACAAUCUACGGAAACUAUGAGCAAGGACCUUCUACAUCCUCCAAGCAAAAGCAUCUCGACUCCCCCUUCGUCUACGUUUACCAGAAGCAUCCCCUCUUAUCCCUCUUCAAAAUCCGACUUUGGUAGGACCAGUUCCUACUUCGGUGUGCAGGUCUUCAGCUAUAAUGAACUUGAAGAAGCUACCAAUAAUUUUGAUCCUUCUAGAGAACUAGGAGAUGGUGGCUUUGGGACUGUAUACUAUGGGGUGCUAGCUGAUGGUCGUGUAGUUGCUGUCAAGCGCUUAUACGAGAACAAUUUCAAGCGUGUAGAGCAGUUCAUGAAUGAAGUUGAGAUCCUUACUCGGCAUCGCCUCGAUAUUAACUUGGCUAACAUGGCGGUCAACAAGAUUCAAAAUCGCACAUUGCACGAGUUAGUCGAUUUGAGUCUUGGAUUUGAGACGAACAGUGUAGUGAGAAGGAUGGCUACAUUAGUCGCAGAGUUAGCUUUUCGGUGCUUGCAACAGGAAAGAGAUAUGAGGCCUUCAAUGGAAGAAGUACUGGAGGUUUUGAGAGGAAUUCAGAACGGAGAUUUGAACGCUCACAAGGUAGAGGUUGUCGAUAUUUUGAUAGACGGCGAGGUUGGACCAUUGAAGGGUAGUGUUGCUCCUUCAUCACCGGAUUCUGUCAUCACUGAUAAAUCGGUUAGCACCUCUACACCUAAUUCUAGUGGAUGA